CGGAAACGAAUUUAUGAGCUCCGCCACUUUCACCAUCUGCGAUUCUCUCCAACCAAUUUCUUCCCCAAAAAUGUGUUACCACUUUAUUUCUCUGCGCUUCAUCUUCAUACUGUGGAUGCUUUCGCUAUCCUCUGCUCGAAUUUUAACCAUGGAAAUGCAUCAUCGCUUCUCCGAUCAGGUCAAGCAGUGGUCCACCCGGAGCGGCACCGCCUUCCCACUCGAAAAUUGGCCGCAAGAGGGCACCGUUGAGUACUACGCGCUUCUGGUGAGCCAUGACACUGCGAUUCGUCGCCGAUUGUUGUCGAAUUCCGCCGAUGAACUCACAUUCUCAGACGGGAAUGCCACUUUCCGAAUCAGCUCCUUAGGAUUUUUGCACUACACGACGGUGACGGUGGGCACUCCAGGGAUGAAGUUUCUGGUGGCGCUUGAUACAGGGAGUGAUUUGUUCUGGGUUCCAUGUCACUGUACAGAAUGUGCAUCAGUUGAUGAUUCGCCUUAUAGCUCUGACUUUGAGCUUAGCAUAUAUGAUCCACUCGAGUCAUCUACAAGCAAAAAUGUGACUUGCAACAGUGAUCUAUGCAGUUUUCACAAUAGUUGCAAUGGAACUUCAAUCCACUGCCCUUACCAUGUGUCAUAUGUCUCAUCUGAAACAUCAACUUCAGGAAUUCUAUUGGAGGACAUCCUGCAUUUACAGUCCUUCGACGAAUAUCAGGAGUUUAUCGAGGCAUAUGUAACAUUUGGCUGUGGACAGGUGCAAACCGGUUCUUUCUUAGAUAUUGCAGCUCCAAAUGGUCUGUUUGGGCUUGGUCUUGACAAAGUAUCAGUUCCUAGUACCUUGUUCAGGAAGGGUUAUAUAGCAAACUCUUUUUCUAUGUGUUUUGGGCGAGAUGGGACAGGUAGGAUCAACUUUGGAGAUAAAGGUAGCCUUGACCAGGAAGAGGCCCCAUUUAAUAUGAACUUGUUCCACCCAACCUAUAAUGUUGAUGUGACUCAAGUUCGUGUAGGGACUACUGUCCUUAACUCCGAGUUCUCGGCACUUUUUGACUCUGGCACCUCCUUCACCUAUCUUGCUGACCCUUACUAUACAAUGCUCUCAGACAGUUUUCAUUUGCAAGUACGGGAUCUACCACGUCCACCUGAUGACAGACUCCCUUUUGAGUAUUGUUAUACUAUGAGCCCCAAUGCAUCUACCAGUUUGAUUCCUGCUAUAAGCCUGACUAUGGAUGGAGGAGGCCUGCUGGUUGUCCAUGAUCCUAUAAUAGUUAUUUCCACACUGCACGAAUUUGCUUAUUGUCUGGCUAUUGUCAAGAGUCAGGAGCUGAAUAUAAUUGGACAAAAUUUCAUGACUGGCUACCGCUUUGUGUUUGACCGGGAAAGACUUGUCCUUGGUUGGAAAAAGUUCAACUGUUAUGACGAGGAUGAUUCAGAUGCUUCCGAACUGAGAUCUGUGAACUAUGCAAGUGUGCCAACAGCUGGAGCCAGUACACCUAAUAACAUUACUCAAUUCGAUGAAUUAAAAAGGAAUUCAGCUCAUUUAGUUGUGCUAUCACUGUACAGAUACAAUAUAAUUGGCUCUGUCCAUUCUCUUCUAACAUUCCUGAUCUUUUUCUUCUAA